AUGGUGUUGCCGAUUAUACUAGGGGUGGGCGUAACCGUAGCAGCACUAACAGCAAAAGCCACCAUUGCAUCCUACAAACAGUUUCUCAAGUUGACUCCCCAGAUGAUUGCCAAUCUCAACGGGAUAAAAUUGGCAUAUAUGGAUGAGCAUCUGCUGCUGGUGUACAGGCUGGAUCCUCGCUACCAGCACUACAAGUUCCUCCAGCUGAAGUAUCCCAAUCGCAGUUUCGGGGAUCCCAUGACUGAACAAGAAGCGCUUAUAAUAUUGGGCAUCGAGGGCGAUGACAUUUUGAAAGUCAACCGGGCAAUGGUGCGAGAUCGAUAUCGCAAGUUGAUGAACUCGAAUCAUCCGGAUAAGAAUGGCAGUGUAUAUUUGAGUCAAAAGAUUAAUGAGGCCAAGGAUGUCUUGGAUAGGAGCUAUAUGGUCAACAAGUGA